AUGAGCCACCUCUACGGCAGCCACCUCUCCCCCCUGGGCAGCCCGUCCAUGGUUUACCUGCCCGCCGCUCUCGGCUUCGCCCCCGGGGGGGCGAUGUCCCGGCAGGACCCCCCUCAGAAACCCCCCUACAGCUACAUCGCCCUCAUCGCCAUGGCCAUCAAAGAGGCUCCGGAGCAGAAGGUGACCCUGAGCGGCAUCUACCAGUUCAUCAUGGACCGCUUCCCCUUCUACCACGACAACAAGCAGGGCUGGCAGAACAGCAUCCGCCACAACCUCUCGCUCAACGAUUGCUUCGUCAAGGUGCCCCGCGAGAAGGGCCGGCCCGGCAAGGGCAGCUACUGGACCCUGGACCCGCGCUGCCUGGACAUGUUCGAGAACGGCAACUACCGCCGCAGGAAGAGGAAGCCCAAAGCCGCGAACCCUCCGGCCGCCAAGGCUGCCGAGCAGCCGGGGCCGCCCGCCCGCCCCGUCGAGCCCAAGCGGGCCAAGGGCAGCGCGCCGGGGGACGCGGGGGUGCCGCGGCAGGCCGGGGGCACGGCGGCUUGUCCCCCGGCCCCGGUGCCCCCCGCUGCCGCCCCGCCGCACAAGAGCGGCCCCCGGGGCCGCAGCUUCAGCAUCGAGAGCAUCCUGGCGCAGGGGCUGCGGCCGGCGCCGCCCGGGGCAGCGCCCAAGGCGGCCCGGGCCAGCCCCGCCGGCUGCCGCGGCGGCUCGCUGGUGGCCAGCGGCGCCUUCGGGCCGGCCCUCAACGCGUCGCUCAUGCUCGACUCCCAGGUGCACGGGAGGCUUUACCACAUCGGCAUCCCCUUCCUCUCCUGCUUCCCUCUGCACUUCUCCGAGGCGGUGUUUAAUUUCCAGUAG